AUAUUAUCUAGGGCAAUGUCGGUGGUGUUGUGCUGCACGCACGGCCGCUUGGAGAUCGAUCUCUUCCUGGAGGACGCGCCAAGGACUUGCCGGAAUUUCUUGGAGCUUUGCAAGGCGGGAUACUACGAUGGGAUCACAUUUCACAAGAUCGUUCCACGGUUUAUGUGCCAGAGCGGCGAUCCCUCAGGCACUGGGAGAGGAGGCUACUCGAUCUAUGGGGCGCGAUUUGACGAUGAGAUUUCCGCCAGGCACAACCACGACGCGACAGGGAUAGUCUCCAUGGCCAAUUUCGGUCGCAACACAAAUGCUUCCCAGUUUUUCAUUCUCUUCAAGCCCAGCCCGCAUCUGGAUGGAAAGCACACGGUGUUUGGGAAAGUGAGGGAGAAUUCGCUCGUGGUUUUGGACAAGAUGCAGCUGGUCAAAGUGAAGAAGAACAACGUGCCAGUGGAACCAGUGAAAUUAUAUGUUGCUGAGGUUUUGGAAGAUCCAUGGGAAGGAGAAUCGCUCCCAGCUGAUGCGUGGAUUCCUCCCAAGCCUCUUAUUGGAUCCAAGCACAUAUGUUGCAUCCAAUAGCUCCAAGUACAGUUUUUUUGCUCGCUUCUAUUUCAUGAGGAACGUUUUUC